UUGGACCUAAAGGGCGACUCAAAGCGCUUAAUUUAAAACUCGAGACGGAAUAAAGUGCUCUGACUCAAGAGCGCCGUCGUCAAAUUGUGUCCAAGUCAACAGUUAUCGGAGGUUUCGGUGCUAAAUAAACCCGCCGCCGAGCUUCAAGCUCAAACAGCGGGCAGCAAUGGCUUCAUGUGACUGCAUCGAAAUGGCUUCUGGGUUCAACCCUUUGCCGUUAAUGGAAAAAACCGCUAGAAUCUGAGUGAUACAAAGCGUUCAGACACCGGGCUGAGGCGGUGAGCAGCACGAGUGCGCCCCGGUGCACCUGAGCUCGGCCAUAACCCGCUUGAUGUCAUCUUUAGCCCUGCUCCGGGUCUCAGCUCGGACCGACCUGCCCGACAUUGCCGCGGACUUCAGCUUUAAGGCUCUCUUGUAGGUGUCAGGAUGAACGAAGAAGAGCUGGUGGAGUAUUUCAGGGCUCAGAUGAGGAAAGACCCGGACAUGGCCUCUGCUGUGGCCGCUAUCCGCACCCUGCUGGAAUUCCUCAAGAGAGACAAAGGUGAAACCAUCCUGGGCCUGAGGGAGAGCCUGACGGGGGCCACAGACUGCCUGACAGGAGUGGACUCCUCUGUGGCCGUGUCCUCGGGAGGAGAGCUCUUCCUGCGCUUCAUUAGUCUCACAUCACUGGAGCACCAGGAUCUGUCUCGCUGUAAAAAGGUGAUGGAGGAGAGAGGAGAACUUUUUCUAAAGAAGAUCUCAUUGUCCAGGACCAAAGUCGCUAAGCUCUGUCACACCUUCAUCAAAGACGGAGCUAAAAUCCUGACUCACUCGUACUCCAGAGUGGUCCUGCGGGUCCUUGAAAAAGCUGCAGCUGAGAAGAAGCGCUUCUCUGUCUAUGUGACUGAAUCACAGCCUGACUCAGCUGGGCGACAGAUGGCAGAAGCCCUGAGAAAGCUCAAUGUUCCAGUCACAGUAGUUCUGGAUGCAGCUGUGGGGUAUGUUUUGGAGAAAGUAGACCUAGUUAUUGUUGGUGCGGAGGGGGUCGUUGAGAGCGGAGGGAUCAUCAACAAGAUUGGCACUUAUCAGACGGCCGUGUGCUCUAAAGCUCACAACAAGCCUUUCUACGUGGUGGCAGAGAGUUUCAAAUUUGUCCGACUCUAUCCUCUCAACCAACAGGACGUGCCCGAUAGAUUUAAGUACAAAGCAGACACCCUGAGGAGCGCUCAGAACCUGUCAGAGGAGCAUCCCAUGAUCGACUACACCCCCCCCUCCCUCAUCACCCUCCUCUUCACCGACCUGGGAGUCCUCACCCCGUCUGCUGUCAGCGACGAACUCAUCAAGCUUUAUUUAUAACUCAAUAAAACCCAUUCAUGAAAAAGGUAAA